AAGCAAGCCGGUGUCUCGAGACGCCCGCGCGCUGGUGCAGGCGCUCCCGUCCCUUCCACUUUCCCCUACUCCGCAGUUGGUUUGUUCCUUCUCGUUCCCCUCACCCCCGGCUCGCCGCUGUGGUCGGGUCUGGCCCGACCCGGCGGCUGAACGGAGAAUUCGCUCGCACUCAGGGACUCGCUGCCCAUUGAAGUACGGCUCGAGAGGAGGCGGGAGAGUGGCUCCCCGGCCCGGGCAGCACCAUGAGUGAACAGAGUAUCUGCCAAGCACGAGCUGCAGUUAUGGUCUACGAUGAUACCAAUAAGAAAUGGGUACCAGCUGGUGGAUCGACUGGAUUCAGCAGAGUUCAUAUAUAUCAUCACACAGGAAACAAUACGUUUAGAGUAGUGGGCAGGAAGAUUCAAGAUCAUCAGGUGGUAAUAAAUUGUGCCAUUCCAAAAGGAUUGAAGUACAAUCAAGCUACACAGACCUUCCACCAGUGGCGUGAUGCUAGACAGGUGUAUGGUCUUAACUUUGGCAGUAAAGAAGAUGCCAAUGUCUUUGCAAGUGCCAUGAUGCAUGCCUUAGAAGUGUUGAAUUCACAGGAAACUGGUGUGAACAUCCAUGAUUACCACUUUAGACCGGAAGUCAUCGCCUAUCAGUAUAUGGACAACUAUAUUUUCUCAGUCACAACACAAUUGAUGUUCUUUUUAGGUCCAACAUUGCCUCGACAGAAUUCACAACUCCCCCCCCAAGUGCAAAAUGGCCCAUCGCACGAAGAGUUGGAAAUCCAGAGAAGACAGUUGCAAGAACAGCAACGGCAGAAGGAGCUUGAACGGGAGAGACUGGAUCGUGAGAGAAUGGAACGGGAGAGGCUGGAGAGAGAGAGACUAGAAAGGGAAAGACUUGAGAGAGAGCGACUAGAACAGGAACAGAUGGAGAGAGAGCGGCAAGAAAGGGAACGACAGGAACGCCUAGAAAGGGAGAGGCAAGAAAGGGAGAGGCAAGAUCGAGAGAGACUUGAACGACUUGAACGGGAAAGACAAGAAAGAGAACGUCAGGAACAAUUAGAAAGGGAACAACUGGAGUGGGAGAGAGAGAGAAGAAUUUCAAAUGCUGCUUCAUCUUUCGACAACUCUCUGUAUAGCACACCACUUCCUGAAUACUCCAGUUGCCAGCCUCCUUCAGCACCUCCUCCAUCAUAUGCAAAAGCAAUAUCAGCACCAGGGUCAGAUUCCACUCCGGAUUAUGCUGUAGUGACUACUGCACCACCAACUUCCACUCCCCCUACACCGCCACUAAGGCAUUCCGCAUCACGUUUUGCUACAUCUUUAGGCUCUGCCUUCCACCCUGUUCUUCCCCAUUAUGCUACAGUUCCUCGUCCUCUGAACAAAAAUUCUCGACCACCUUCUCCUGUGAAUGCCCCAACUUCUUUGCCUCCAAAUACAAAGUCCAUUGUGUGGUCUGCUCCCAGUUUUGCACCUCUUCCCCCAUCUCCUCCAGUAAUGAUCAGCAGCCCACCAGGCAAAGCUACUGGUCCAAGACCUGUCCUGCCAAUUUCUGCUUCUAGUUCUGUGUCCCAAAUGCCCCAGUCUCCUACUCCUCCCAAUGGGCUUCCUGAGUCUGUAACUUACCUAGUUCCGUCACCUUCUACCUCGGGUCCAACGCCGCCACCACCUCCUCCGCCACCACUGCCUUCCUUUCCACCUAUCUCACUCUCUGGACCUCCAACUUCGCCUUCUCCUAGCUCCCCUAAUGCCUCAACUCCCUCAUCCAAGCCUAGUGUUCUCCCUUCUCCCUCUGCAGCUACCCCUGCCUCUGUUGAGAACUCUCUAAACUCUGUGCUGGGAGAUUCCUCUGCUUCUGAGCCAGUCUUGCAGGCAGCCUCUCAGCUGAUUGAACCUCCGAUUCAGCAGGGUGUCAUCCAAGGACCACCUGCGCCUCCACCCCCACCUCCACUACCACCUGGCCCAGCCCAGUCUUCAGCAGCAAUCCCACCUCCCCCAGGUCCGCCACCACCACUUCCACCCUCAGGGCCACCGCCACCACCGCCUCUUCCUAGCCAAGUUAUUCCUCCUGUUCCUCCUCCACCUCCUGCCCCUCCUCUCCCUACCUCUGGAUUUUCUAUGGGAUCUAUGUCUGAAGACUGUCGCCCUUUAACUGGACUAGCAGCUGCACUCGCUGGAGCCAAACUUAGGAAAGUGUCACGGAGUGAAGAGUCCUCUAGUUCAAGUGGAGGAGCUUCAUCUAAAAUAGACAGUGUUCGUGGAAAUGGACCACUUCCUUUGGGAGGCAGUGGAUUAAUGGAAGAAAUGAGCGCUCUGCUAGCCAGGAGGAGAAGAAUUGCUGAAAAGGGAUCAACAGAACCAGAGCAGAAAGAGGAUAAAAUUGAAGAAUCAGAGCCUUCAACUUCCAAGCCUCCUUCAACAAGCACACCUGAACUAACAAGAAAACCUUGGGAAAGAACAAAUACAGUGAAUGGAAGCAAGUCACCUGUUAUCUCCAGAAUAACUCAGCAAGGAGACUCAACAGGGAGACGGGAGUCUCCAUGGAAAAAUCUGAUUGUUUCUGAAAACAGGUCCUAUGAUUCAUUAAACAGACCAAAAUCUACACCAUCUGGGCAAACCAGUGCCAAUGGAGUGCAGUCAGAAGGGCUAGACUAUGACAGAUUGAAGCAGGAUAUUUUAGAUGAAAUGAGAAAGGAAUUAACAAAAUUAAAGGAGGAACUCAUUGAUGCAAUCAGGCAAGAACUGAGCAAGUCAAAUACUGCAUAAAAAGACUAGGACUAAGCCAAUGUGACUCUUUCACUUGGUAUAAAGUCGACUACAUUUUGUGAGCUGUUAGAAGAAAAUGGAGACAGACACUUGGAAGGAGGAGAAAACAACAUUCUGAAAACUUUCAGACACAUCACUCUGGUGAUAUGCUUUUUCCUUCUUAGUUUGCUGCUUUUUUCUGACCUUUACAGCGGGAUGGAAAGGAGUCCUAAAAGUUACUGUAAUGAUUCUGCAGAAAUUCCCACAUUUGUCAGACAAGAUCACAGUGCAUUGAGAUGUUCUUAUGUCAAGAUAAAACUGCACAUAUUUCAGAAUUCAUUGUUAACACAAAAAAGGAGAAAAGCUCGGGAAGGCUUUUCAGAGAGGUUUUCUUAAUGAAGGAUUUAGCAAGCCACACUGUCGUACUGCAAAUGUAUCUCAGGUUUGUCUUCCUAUCAUAUUUGAUAUUUCCAUUAAUAACUUCAAAGAGCAGACAUGUAAGUUCAGAUCACAAAAUAUGAAAUAAUUAGAAGUGUAUGCUUUAAAGGGCAAUAUCACCUAGAAAGCGAUUGCAUAUCAAGUUUUUGGAAUUUUAUGAUCGGAAGCCUCUCUAGUUAGCCUUCAUGCAAUUUUGUAAACAAAACAGCAAACAGUCCAGAGUUUAAAGAUGUAGAUGCCUUCCUAAAUCGUCACAAUGCUUCACCAAAUCUAAGACUUCUACAUAAUACAAACCAGUGGUCAAAUAUAAAUCAUUAGUAUGCUGUAGAUUUACAGUAGAUUUUCAGGCUUUUUUUAUUUUUAUUUUUUAACAUUUAUGCAUGUGGACAUUUUUGUAAGGUAACACAACACAAUCAGCUUUUUAAUUAAACAAAAAACAUUGCAUGUCAUAAAUAUUAAGUAGCCUUUUUCAUUUUUAAGGCUGAAUCAAUACCAGGGGAAAAAGUUGGGGCAGGAGGAGGGGAAGAUGACAGUUUUGGUUUUAAAAUAUUUUUAUUAUUUUCUGCACUAUUUUUCCUCAUAUUACAUGCAUGUGUAAUAAUGAGGAAAAUGUUGUGACUUUUAUCAGUAACCAUGUUAACAGAACCAGGUACUUAAUCCUUUUUGUAUCAUUUCUUGAGUUAUUUGUAUCUCCGAUUCUGUAAUGGUUCUAAAACUCCCACCUCAUUUUUAUUUCAUUUCUUAACUUAAAUUUAUAUCGACUUGGAUUUUGAUCAUCAGCUAUUACCAGUGAUGCACCUGUGGUAGUACAGGAUGCACAACAGUUACCUGCUCCUGUAUUCUCUAAGGCUGCUUUUUGACUCUUUGAGGAAACAAGGACAAGGGCUAUAAUGAAGGUUAGAGCAUUAGGUCACAGCAGAAAAUGGGAAGCAGAAGAACAGUAGUGGGCCAGCAUUAGGUGAGAACUUUUCAGGGGAGAUGAUACUUUCCCCUUUCCCAUGGUUUAACAAAUUUUUAAAACACCUCAUAUAUGCAAAUCUUAGUUUAAACUAAUAAAGUUCAGUGGAAUAAAAAUCCUGCAAGGCAGAUCCGUAAUGCUUUGGAAAAUAUUGUGGAUCAAAUCUGCACUUUUUCAUUGCAUCUGGAAUUUUUCUGAGCUGUAAUAGUGCCAUAUUUUUUUGCUAUCUGCUGAUUAGAAAAAAAAUACCUAUGCUUUUGGAGGCAUUAUUCAUGUUACAGCUUACUUAGCUCCAUUCAUAGAACACAAGCUUAAAUAGCAUAUAUUCCUGAGUGCUGGAAACCAAAGCAAAUCAACAGCUCUUUCUGCUUCUGAAAGGUGUGAAUGAGGAAUUUUUCUCCAGUUUAAACAUGUUCCUGUUUCUAUAGAGACUCAAACUGUAAAAUUGUUCUACAAUGGAAAUAUUACCUAAAUCAAUACAUAAUUCUUUCCAAAAACUGAUCAUCUUUCUGCAUGCAUUAGUGAAGGCAUUAAACAAAUUGCAGCAAGUGUGAAAUAAAAGGAGGCAUUUUCAUUUUUGAUAACUUUUGUUUUUGCAAACAUUUUAACAUUAAGGAAGUUUAUUCUUGUCAGAAAUCAUGUUUGAUUUUGUUUGUUAGGGAAGUUCAAGAGUAGCCUACUAGAAAUGUAAUGGGUAUAAGUAGUCCAAAGUAGUAGUAAACAAACUGUCAGAUUGUGGGGGAGAGGGGGAACCUGGUUUAUGCACUAAACGUUUGUGCCUUGGUCUAAAAUUAACAUGAUUUCUGUUUAAAAGAAAGAAGAGCAGAUGUCUUUUUUUUUUUUGUGCUGUUUCUACAUACAUACUUUACAUAAUCUCAUAUUGCUGAAUUAGUCCUUUCCAGAAAAACUAAUUGAAUUAAGGUUUACUGUAAACACUUGCUGUCAUACUGAGAUUUCCUUAAUUAAAAUGAACUACAGAAGCUAAGAUUAUUUUGCUCACUGUUGAACUAAGUUCUUUAAAAACCAUAUUAUGAUGGUUCUGUGCUUUUGUAAAGUGGAUGUCUUAAACUGAGUACAGUUUAGGAGAUCCUUUCUAAUUCCAGGAAGGUAUUGCUUUCCUCAACACUGUGAUCUGAUCUGUGAUAAAUCUGUGCUAUACACAAGUGGCUAACAAGUCAGUUGCAAACAAACUGAAUGUAUAAAUCUUAGUGCUGGUGCUGAAAUCUCUUCAGAUAGUUGUCAUGAUUUCAAGUUCAUUGUUU